UAAAAUUUUAAAUUUAAAAAAAAAAAAAAAAACCUAUUGUGUUGCAAUGAAUCAGAAAUCAGUCCAAGAAAAAAACAGAAAAAGGAAGCAAGACAUCUCUAGAAUCGAAGAACAUGGAAGAAGCAAGCAAUCAAAACAUAAAUGAUCUCCCAGAGGAGCUCCUCCUCCGCAUCCUCACCUUCCUUCCCACAUUAGAUUCCAUCCAAACCUCUCUCAUAUCCCAGAAAUGGCGACCACUCUGGUCUCGUGUUCCCUCCUUGAACUUACCUUUCGAGCUUUUCCCUUCAUACGAGCCACCCUUGGAUACCCGCCAAUUCUUCGCCGAAUUCAUCGAUCGCGUUCUCAUUCUUCGCUCCAAUUCUCCCAUCCAUACUUUCCGCCUCUCCUUCAUCUAUCAUGAUCACUACGGCUCCCAUGUCGAUUCCUGGGUUCGCUCCGCCAUAACCCACCUCCACGCCCGUGAGCUCCAUCUCGACUUCUUCAUCCACAAAGAUUUUCAUGAUGAGGAAACCCUAAAUCACAAGUAUGAUUUCCCUUUCUCUGUUCUAAGAAAUGGGUAUGUUGAAAACUUAUGCGUUACGCGAUGUGAUCUUACAUUGCCGGCCAAAAUGUCCACUAUGCGCUUUUGCUCGAUUGGGUCCAUGUAUCUCGACCAGGUUUAUUUGACGGACCAGAUAAUGAGUGAUUUGAUUUUGGGUUGCCCCAAUUUGGAGGCUUUGGAGCUUCAAAACUGUUGGGGGCAUCAUCAUUUGAAGAUAUGUAGCACAAGGCUUCAGAAGCUAGUACUUGGGUAUUUUUAUGAUUCUGAACUCCAAGAGACGCUUGUGAUUGAUUGCCCAAACCUUUUUUCGAUCAGUUUUGAUUGCUGUGCCUUUGACAAGUUUGUACUUAAGAAUGCGUCGUCCCUGGUUGAGUUUCAUGUUGAUAUUGUGCACCUAAUCGAUGGGUCCUAUUGUUAUUGGAGCAAGGUUGUGAGACUACUAGGACAAGCACCUAAUGUUAAGCAUCUUAAUGUGCAAAAUUGGUGGUUUAAGUUUCUGACCUCAAAGGAUCCUUUCCCCAAAAGUUUUAUGCUCCACAAUGUCAACCUCCUAGAGUUGAGAACGGGAUUUACACAAUAUGAUCUGGUUGGCAUGGCUGCAUUGCUUAAACUUUGUCCCAAUCUCGAGACAAUGAUUCUACAAUACCUUUUCAAGAUAGGGGAAGAUGAUAGGUUAUCAGAAGAGUUACAAAAUAAACCAGUUAACUUGAGCAUGCCAAAUCUCAAGCAAGUUACAAUGAAAGCGUAUACCGCAACAGAAGAUGAACUUAAUUUUUUGAAAAUCUUGAUUGGGCAAGGAGUUGCCCUACAAAAGAUUGUGCUUGCUCGCACCCAAGUUGGCGAGGAGGGACAAAUUGGUGAGAGGUCGCUUCCUAUAGUGGUUCUAUAUAGAGAGGGUUCACAAGGUUGGAAGUGCUCAUGGGCCCUGCACUCCGCAACACCGCAUAGUAUAGACUCUGAGCUUUAGAUGGGGAAUCCAUUGGCUCAUUCCAAGGUUUCUUGUUUUUUGUUUUUCUGAAAAAGGGUUUAAAAUUAGAUGAUUGUUGCAGAUAUGUUUGGAUUUGUUUUACUGAUUAUCUUUCCGUCCUAUUUCUUCAUUAAAAACACUGCAAUUUUGUAGAGUA